CUCUUCCCCUACACAGGUUUGGAUAAAUCUUCACGCAGUUAAACAACAGGUCCCGGAAGAUGAUGUUCACAAACCCUCGAAACACUGCGGGAGCGUUACACAGGCCGAACGGCAUGACCAGGUUCCUCCAAUCCAGGAUCCUCUGCUGAUCUCUUCUAUAUAAGAGAAUUCUCCUGGAUGACCCAUCAACCAUGGAGAGAGACAGGAACAAGAUGGCCGACAGGAUCAUAAACCUCACCCUACAGAUACUCUUCCGGCUUACUGGAGAGGAUUACACAGUAGUGAAGAAGUCCUCUAGUGGGCGCUGUCGGGCCCCUGUGUGUGAAGGAUGGGGAAGAACCCUGAACCCAAUCCCGGGGCCCCCACCUCACUCCCUGAUACAUGAGGAAAUGGAUGAACAGAAGAUCCUAGAACUCCUCAACAAGAUGAUGGAGCUGCUGACUGGAGAGGAUUACACAGUAGUGAAGAAGUCCUCUAGUGGGCGCUGUCGGGCCCCUGUGUGUGAAGGAUGGGGAAGAACCCUGAGCCCAAUCCCGGGGCCCCCACCUCACUCCCUGAUACAUGAGGAAAUGGAUGAACAGAAGAUCCUAGAACUCAUCAACAAGAUGGUGGAGCUGCUGACUGGAGAGGUUCCUAUAAGGUGUCAGGACGUGGCGGUCUAUUUCUCCAUGGAGGAGUGGGAGUAUGUAGAAGGACACAAGGAUCAGUACAAGGAUCAGGUCAUGAUGGAGGAUCAGCAGCCCCUCACAUCAGCAGUCAGAUCCAGUAAGAGAACAGCACCAGAGAGGUGUCCCCGUCCUCUUCUUCCACAGGAUGAUCAGGGAGAAGAUCUGAUCAGUAUUAAUGGUAUAAACAUAAUAGUAAAAGAAGAAGAAGAGACAGAUUUGAGCGGUGAUGAGCAGUUUAAGGAGCACAUUCCUACAGGUUACCACCUCGAUUCUUGUAGCAGGAGAUCAGAGGAGAAUCUUAUAUCUUCAGAUUAUAAAGCAGAUGAUGAUAUCACACAAGAUACAUAUGAAGAACAUUCCAUUAUCCCAGAUACACCCUCAGCCCUUCACAGCCAAGAUCUCUCAUCUCAUCCUGUUAUACCCGUCCUGUCUUCUGAUUUACCACAGACUGUUAAGCAAAAUAAGGAGAAGCCAUUUUUAUGUGCAGAAUGUGGAAAAAGGUUUACUGACAAAUCAAAUCUGGUUAGACAUCAGAGAAUUCACACAGGAGAGAAGCCCUUUUCAUGUCCAGAAUGUGGGAAAUGUUUUACUAAACAAUCGAAUCUUGUUCAACAUCAAAAAACUCACUCAGGGGAGAAGCCAUUUGCUUGUUCACUAUGUGGGAAAUGUUUCAUUAAGAAAUCAGAUCUUGUUCAACAUCAAAGAACUCACACAGGAGAGAAGCCAUUUUCGUGCGCAGAAUGUGGGAAAUUUUUUGCUCUGAAAUCAGAUCUUGUUAAACAUCGGAGAAUUCACACAGGGGAGAAGCCAUAUUCAUGCCCGGAAUGUGAAAAAUGUUUUACUCAGCAAUCAAAUCUUGUUCAACAUCAAAAAACUCACACAGGAGAGAAGCCAUUUUCAUGUUCAGAAUGUGGAAAAAGUUUUCCUGUAAAAUCAAAACUUGUCAGACAUAUGAUAACUCACACAGGGGAGAAGCCAUUUUCAUGUGCAGAAUGUCGGAAAUGUUUUACUCUAAAGUCAGAUCUUGUUAAACAUCAAAGAAUUCACACAGGGGAGAGAUUGUUUUCAUGCUCAGAAUGUUGGAAAUGUUUUACUCAGCAAUCAAAUCUUGUUCAACAUCAAAGAAUUCACACAGGAGAGAAGCCAUUUUCUUGUUUAGAAUGUGGGAAAUGUUUUACUCAGAAAUCAGAUCUUGUUAAACAUCAAAGAACCCACACAGGGGAGAAGCCAUUUUCAUGUGCAGAAUGUGGGAAAUGUUUUACUCAUCAGUGGUCUCUUGCUGAACAUAAGAAAAUUCACACAGGUGAGAAGCCAUAUUCAUGUUCAAAAUGUGAAAAAUGUUUUACUCAGAAAUCAAAUCUUGUUGGACAUGAAAAAACUCACACAGGUGAGAAGCCAUUUUCAUGUUCAGAAUGUGGAAAAGGUUUUACUCAGAAAUCACAUCUUAUUCAACAUAAAAACACUCACACAGGAGAGAAGCCAUUUUCAUGCUCAGAAUGUGGGAAAUGUUUCACUCAGAAAUCAUAUCUUGUCGAUCAUCAAAAAACUCACACAGGAGAGAGGCCAUUUAAAUGUUCAGAAUGUGGGAAAAGUUUUGCAAAGAAAUCAAUUCUUGUUGUACAUCAAAAAACUCACACAGGAGAGAAGCCAUUUUUAUGUUCGGAAUGUGGGAAAAGUUUUACUCAGCAAUCACAACUUAUUCAACAUAAAAAAACUCACACAGGGGAGAGACCAUUUUCAUGCUCACAAUGUGGGAAAUGUUUUACUACAAAAUCAUAUCUUGUUAAACAUCAGAUGGCUCACACAGUAAAAAGGACAUUUUCAUGCAGAAAAUGUGGGAAAUGUUUUACUCAGAAAUCAAAUCUUGUUGAACAUCAAAUAACUCAUAAAGGGGAGAAUCAAUUUUUAUGCACAGAAUGUGGAAAAGGUUUUAUUAAGAAAUCAAAUCUUUUUGAACAUCAAAAAACUCACACAGGAGAGAAGCCAUUUUCAUGCACAGGAUGUGGGAAAUGUUUUACUCAUAAAUCGUCUCUUGUUGAUCAUCAAAGAACUCACACAGGAGAGAAGCCAUUUUCAUGUUCAGAAUGUGAAAAAUGUUUUACUCAGAAAUCAUCUCUUGUUAAACAUCAAAUAACUCAUACAGGAGAGAAGCCAUUUUCAUGCACAGAAUGUGGGAAAUGUUUUACUCAGAAAUCAAAUCUUGUUAAACAUCAAAAACUUCACACAGGAGAGAAGCCAUUUUCAUGUUCAGAAUGUGGGAAAUGUUUUAGUGGGAAAUCGCAUCUUAUCAAACAUCUAAGAAUUCACACAAGAGAGAAGCCAUUUCACAAAACUUAAAGGGGUUAUCCACCAUAAGGUGAUUUUAGUACUUACCUGUCAGAACUGUGUAUUUCCUGAUGUAUUUUGUUCCCUAAACUACACAUCCCACAGUUCCAUGCUUGAAAGUUUGAGAUCACUUACCUUCCUCCCACACAUCAGCCACCCCACCCAUUGAAACACAGUGUUUUCUAACCAGGGGGCCCACAGCUGUUGCAAAAUUGAAGCAGGACAGGCUCCCGCUGAUCACCUGGCUAGUGAUGUCAGGUCUCGACGCACUGCAAUAUGGGAAAUCCCGACAGUAACGAGUAAUUUUGUAUGCUGUUAAAAAGAAAUAUUGGGGUGAAAAUCACAGAAGUAUUGUGAAACCACGGUCACACACAGGUACAGACACUAUAUCAUGAACUACACUAACUUUACAGCCCCUGUAGCAUAGUCAGAUAAAAAAAGAUCCUAUAAUAACCCUUUUUUUUUUUUUUUUAACCUGUUCAGGACACCGGGCGAUUUAAGGCAUAUUAGGGUCAGGUUCCAGUGUGGGGACGCCCUUCUAAGGGCGAAGCAACACUAGCCAAAAAGGGAGUAAUAGGGCAAGAGACAAGAGAGAGAAUAGUACCACCCACCUCUCAAUUGUCCCUGACCUGACCAAUCUGACCUGACCUUCCCACAUUGUCACUGUUACCACUUGUAACCCAUUUUAAAUCACUGAUUACUGGUGUUGAAUACAUUGCACUAUAUUUUCUAUUUUUCAUUUUUCGGUCCGGAAGGUUUUAAAUGAUUUAUUAAAAGUUAUAUUUUAUAUUAUGCUUAUCCUCAAUAUCUGAGUUUUCUUACUCCAGACUAGUUUUAAUUUAUCAGAUUUUUUUUCCCCCCUUAUUUUCUCAUAACUUUUUAAUCUAUCAAUUUCUGCAAACCAUUCUGAAAUACUCGGUGCAUUAACAGAUAUCCAUUUUCUCAUAAUUAUUAAUCUCCCCAGUAUCAGUAUGCUUUGAAUAAGCUUCUUCCUAAGCUUGGGUAGCCUGGGAAUCAUUCCGAAUAAAAAAAAACUCUGGAGAAAACUCCAACCUGAUACCCAAUCUCCCCUUUAUCUGUUUUUGGAUACCAUCCCUGAAAUUUCUUACUAUCUGACACCCCCAUGUCAUAUGUAACAGAUUUGCCUCUUCUCCCUGACAUUUUGGACAACUUGCCCGGGCACGGAUUUUCCAUUUAAAGAGCUGCUUUGGUGUAUAAUAAAGUCUAUGGAGCAAAAUAAAUUGUAAUAAUCUAAGUUUUUCAUUGUCCGACAUCUCCAUUAAGCUUCCAAUCAUGUCCCUCCAUUUUGUCUUAUCUAAUUCCGGAAUCUCUUUCUCCCACUCAGUUCUGCACUUUAAUGUUGUUUUCCCUUGUAGUAGAAUUUUAUACAGUGCUGACACCCCUAAUUUUUUCCAGCUGCUAAUCAAUCAAUCAAUCAAUAUAUGCUCCUGGACCCAGAGCAGAUUCCUUUCUUUUGUAUAUUUUACUGCAUGUUCUAUCUGGGAUAACCAAAAUCCAUGUUUUUCCUCCAACUCAUAUUCACUCCCUACCCCUUAGUGCACCAUUCCUAAAAAGGUGGUCUAUAUAACAGACCCCCUUUUUAUCCCACAAAUCGUGCUGCUCUAUUUUUGCAAUUUCUGGCAACCUAUAAUUUUCCCAGAGGGGUGUAAAUUUCACAUUACAUGUGAUAUCUAACAAGUUUUUUUUAACUUUCCUCCAACCCCCCCCCCCUGCUUGUACCCCCAGUGUUUCAUUUCCACUAAAUUUUGUGUCACUUUCCAAUACCUCGAAAAUGUGCUUCCAAUUACCUCUAUAUUUAAAUUUUAGGAGAUCAUGUCAUAACUGGCCUUGCACCCCUGUGAGUUGUGACAAUUGUGCUGCCCAAUAGUACAAUCUAAAGUUUGGAAUUCCCAUUCCCCCCUUACAUCUUGGGAGGGUGAGA